AUGAACGCUAAAGAGCUCGCGCAGUACCUGGCUGAUGCCCCGCCAUCCGUCGUCAGGCUUGAGAUUGGGAAGCACUUUGACGCCUUGACGGAUAAGCAGAAGCGUUACGCCCACUUCAUCAGCAAGGCCUCCUUUGCCGGAAACCGCAUCGUGCUGCGUCAAGUCUCGCCCGAGUCCGAGCACAUCUAUGAUUUGAUUCUCGCCCUUCACAAAGCUUCCAACGGAGACUGGAAGGCCCUUGCCGCAAAGGCUGGCGUCGAUGAGCAGGACCUCACGGCGUUCCUCGAGUAUGCCGCCCAGUUCCUCGGCAACAGCGGCAACUACAAGAGCUUCGGUGACUCCAAGUUCAUCCCCCGGACCAACGAGGCCGUCUUUUCCGCGCUCGCGUCGACAUCCCCCGACGCCGAGAAGCACUACAAGGCCACCAAUGGCGCCAUUUUCUCGUCCGAUAAGCAGGGGCUCUUGCACCUGGGCUUCACUGACGAGGGCCACCUGACGACGUACUACCCAGACUCCCCCAGCAUCACCAAAGACGAGGUUGCGGCGGUCUCCAAAUGGAUGGAGGAGAAGAAGCUUCUCCCGGAGAACACUCGGCUGCGCAAGACCGAAGAUGGCGUGUUCGAGCUGCUGAUCGCGUCGGCCACGACCAGCGUGCCCAGCAAUGGCGGAGACAUCGGGAAGGACACCACCUUUACGAUUGGGGAGGGACUCUUGGAGGGCAAGACGGUCAAGCUGGUGUAUGGCGACUACGCCAAGGAGAUGGGGGACAUUGCCAAGUACAUCCGGCAGGCGGCUGAGAAUGCCGACAACGAGACCCAGAAGAAGAUGCAUCUGGCGUACGGCGACUCUUUCUACGACGGCUCUCUUCUCUCGUUCAAGGAGAGCCAGAGGCAAUGGAUCCGUGAUCAAGGCCCAAUGGUUGAGGCUAACAUUGGUUUCAUCGAGACGUACCGGGAUCCUGCUGGUGUCCGUGGAGAGUGGGAAGGUUUUGCGGCAGUCGAGAGAACUCGUGCAUUCGGCGAGUUGGUGCGGUCUGCGCCUGAGUUGAUCCCGCUCUUGCCUUGGGACAAGGAGUUUGAGAAGGACAAGUUCCUCUCGCCUGACUUCACCUCGCUGGAAGUUUUGUCCUUUGCCGGUUCUGGCAUUCCUGCGGGUAUCAACAUUCCCAAUUACGAUGAUAUCAGGCAGUCGGAGGGUUUCAAAAACGUUAGCCUGGGCAACGUCUUGAGCGCAAAAGCCCCGAAUGAGAAGGUACCAUUCAUCUCGGAGCAGGACUUGGAGCUGUGGCACAAGUACCGCGACCAGGCCUUUGAGGUUCAAGUUGGGCUCCACGAGCUUACGGGCCACGGCUGCGGGAAACUUCUCCAAGAGACUUCCCCAGGUGUCUACAACUUUGAUGUCAAGAACCCCCCGAUCAGCCCCCUGACUGGGAAGCCGGUUACUACCUGGUACAAGCCUGGCCAGACCUGGGGCUCCGUUUUCGGGGGUGUUGCCGGCGCAUAUGAGGAAUGCCGAGCCGAACUGGUGGCCAUGCAUCUGAGCUGCGAGUUCAAGGCCCUCAAGAUUUUCGGCUUUGGCGACGGAACGGUUGAUAUCGAUGGGGAGGCCGGCGACGUUCUCUACAUCGCGUAUCUCCAAAUGGCCAGGGCGGGCUUGACGUCUGUUGAAUUCUGGGAUCCGAGGAGCCAGAAGUGGGGCCAGCCUCAUUGCCAGGCUCGUUUCGCCAUCCUGAAGUCCUUCCUCGAAGCCGGCGACGAUUUCUGCAGGUUGGAGUACAGGAACAACGACCUCUCGAAUCUCAUCAUUCGCCUUGAUCGUUCCAAGAUUCUGACCAGCGGCCGAAAGGCGGUUGCGGACUUCCUCCAGAAGAUCCACAUUUACAAGGCCACCGCGGACGUCGAGGCCGGCACCAAGUUCUUUGGCGAAAUGUCGGGUGUCGGGCUGGAGUACUGGGGCACCAAGAUCCGGGACGUGGUACUCAAGAACAAGCAACCGCGCAAGGUGUUUGUGCAGGCCAAUACGUUCCUGGAUGAGGCCACGGGCCAAGUCACGCUCAAGCAGUACGAGCCCAGCCUGGAGGGGAUCAUCCAGAGCUGGGCCGAGCGGGAUGUGUGA